CUCGUAUAAAUUACGUCACACUAUACGAUACUCAAAACUAGUUUAAGGACCUUAAUAUGAAUAAUCUGGUAACCAGUUGAUAAGGGGGUUUAAUGUGUGAAUUGAUAUCAAUUGAUCAGUUUUAAACAGCGCGGGAUAUCGUUUAUACAGUUUUAACAUACGAUUGACACAAACGAAAAUCAAAAAAUAUUGAAAAAGAAAUUUUGAGAAGACAUUUAUAAAUAUCAGACUUAUUCACUAUUCUUUUUAUAAAGUUCAAAAAGAAGAGUUUAUAAGUCAAUUUAAGUCAAUAUGAAACUUCUUGGAGAAGAGGAAAAACAAGCUCAUAUCGCCCAUAUCACUUCUGAGGGGUUGAAAGGUUUAUUCUACGGUUCUAUACUUUCGGUAGGUAUCUUUACUUACUUGAAGAAAAGACAUACCGUUAGAUUUAAUUCCUUCAAUACUAGUAUUAAGACUGCUCUUAUAGUCAUGCCAACAGUUUCUAUGGGUGCUUUCUUUGCUGAUCAAGGGUCCUGGGAUUUCGAUAAACAAAUGCAUUCUUCGGAAUAUAGUGAAAAGCUUGUUAUUGAAGAAUAUAGACAAUGGAAUGAAAUGGCUUUGAAUGAAAAGAUAUUCACCUCAUUAAACAAGAACAAAUAUCCUAUCAUUAUUAGUGCAUGGGCCGCUUCAUUAUAUGGUUCUUGGGUAUUGGUGAAUAAAGAUAAAAUCAUGACUGGUGCUCAAAAAGCUGUUCAAGCAAGAAUGUAUGCUCAAGGUAUAACUAUUAUUUUACUUUUAGGUACUAUUGUUUUAUCUAUGAAAGAAAAGGAACUUGAAAAAUCAAGACCACCUCCAGUUCCUGAAUGGAAAAGAAUCAUUGAUGAAAAGCAAGCUGAAGAAUCAUUGAUUCUUGCUGAAUUAAAGAAGAAACAAGACGCUAGAUCAGCUGCUGCUACUACUGCUGUUGCAGCUGCUUCCACUCCAGCUACUGCUGCUGAACAAAAGUAAACCUACAAACCAAAAAUAGAAGCAACCAAAAGUCAAAUCUCAUGUAUAUAUAUAUUCCCAUCAUCUUCUCUUCUCGACAUUGUUGUGUUUGUUCCUAGUUUAUUAGAAGUAUUAUGUUAAUUGUUU